AUGCGCCCGGAAGAGCGCGAGCGCCGCGCGUACAAGGACGCGCACGCCGCGGCGUUUGCGAAAACGCGGCACUUUCCCGCGCUCUCGCAGCUGCAAGCGUCGGGCGAGAACGUCAUUCUGCUGCAAGACUGCUCGCCCGUGACCGCGGUCGUGACGCCGCGCGCGUCACCGGUCCACAGCCGCCUCCACGCCCCCGACGCGGCACCUUUUGUGACCAAGAGCGCGGCCGACGCCAAAGCGGCUAUUCGACACCCGUGCGAGUAUGACUACCCCACGGGGCUGCACACGAGUAAAGAGCGCGUGCCGAGCCGCCACGCCCUCUCGCUUCAGGAGGAUAAUAUGCAGCGGAGAGCGGGCCGCGUGUGGCGACCCUCGAACGCGACGACGGCCAAAAAGUCGAUUGCAGUCGACUACUAUGUCAACUCGGCGUUGCCGAAUGACCCGACCAUCGACCGAAAAACCAUCAAGGCCAUUGUGGCACGCAACCCAAUUGUCCAGCGUCGUCCAAAACUCUAG